UUAAGUGUUAAGACGAUGCGGGACACAACAGUGUGUGACAGUAAACAGAGCUUACAGGAGGAUCAAACCGCCACAGAGUCUCUGGAUUCUGUAUGUAACGCUGGAGAACAGCAGCAGAUCCUGCAGAGCAAACUGAAGAUGUGUUCAGUUAAACUCAUCGACUGCACGAACCUCAUGAUGAAGAUUAAAACUGAACCCACAGAAAUCAAAACUGAACCCACAGAAAUGAAAACUGAACCCACAGAAAUAAAAACUGAACCCAAAGAAGAGGAAGAUCGCACUGAGGAAGAUGAUGAUUUUAUUCCAUCAGAUGUGAAGAGUGAUUCAUGUUUGGAUAUAGAAAUAAAAUCCUCAACAUCAAAAGAGCGACUGACAGCACAAACUCUUUCCUGCAUCACCUGUGGAAAGACAUUCAGCUCACAGAGACAUUUAGAGAGACAUGAGAGAAAACACACUGAACAGAAACUCUUCACCAGAUCUGAGAUCAGCUUUACUACCUUACAAGAGAAGAAACUUCAUUCAGAAGACCACAGAGAGAAGAAGAAGAAGAAGAAGCAGUUUCACUGUGAGCAGUGUGGGAAGAUUUUUGUCUCUUCCCAUAAUCUAAAUGUUCACAUGAGGAUACAUCGUGAUGAAAAGCCUUUCAACUGCACUGAAUGUGGAAAUUACUUCAGAACCAAACAACAUCUUAAAGUUCAUCAGAGAGUUCACACUGGAGAAAAACCUUACGAGUGUCCUCACUGUGAGAAGAGAUUUAGCCGUAAACGUGGUCUGAAGAGACAUGUGCGUUCACACACCAAUGAGAGACUCUAUCAGUGCCGUGAAUGUGACAAAACCUUUAGGGAUUCCGGCUCUUUAAAAAAACACCAGAAUACUCACAUUAAAGAGAAACUCCAUCAGUGUUCACACUGUGAUAAAUGUUACGGUCAUAAAUAUCAGCUGAUAGUCCAUGAGAGAGUUCAUACUGGAGAAAAACCUUAUCACUGUAGUGUCUGUGGGAAGAGUUUUAGUCAAAAAACUACAUUACUAUGUCAUAAGAGAAUUCAUACAGGUGAAAAACCUUACAAAUGCUCUCAGUGUGACAAGAUGUUUACUUGUUCAAGUAACUUAAAAAACCAUGAAAGAGUUCAUACUGGAGAGAAACCUCAUCACUGUAGUGUCUGUGGUAAGAGUUUUAGUGUAAAGGCUACAUUACUAAAUCACAAGAGAAUUCAUGAAAAACCUUAUAACUGCUCUCAGUGUGGCAUGACCUUUGCUCAGUCAGAUUACUUAAAAUCCCACCAGGGUGUACAUUCUGGAAUGAAAAGUUAUUACUGUAGUGUUUGUGGGAGGAGUUUUACUCGCCAUGGCAGUUUAGUAUUACACCAGAGACUUCAUACAGGUGAAAAACCUUUCAAAUGCUCUCAGUGCGACAAGAUGUUUACUUGUUCAAGUAACUUAAGAUACCAUCAGAGAGUUCAUACUGGAGAGAAACCUUAUCACUGUAGUGUCUGUGGGAAGAGUUUUAGUCAAGGGUCUUCAUUACUAAAGCACAAGAGAAUUCAUACAGGUGAAAAACCUUUCAAAUGCUCUCAGUGUGACAAGACGUUUGCUCAGUCAAGUCACUUACAAGCCCAUCAGAGAGUUCAUAUUGGCCUAUUCUCUGUGCUGUGUGUUUGUGUAUCAUCAGUGUUUUUCUCUCUUGCGUGUUUUAUUGAGUGUAAACAGAGUCUUGUCUCUGUGUAUUUUAGUGUUAAGACGAUGCGGGACACAACAGUGUGUGACAGUAAACAGAGCUUACAGGAGGAUCAAACCUCCACAGAGUCUCUGGAUUCUGUCUGUAACGCUGGAGAACAGCAGCAGAUCCUGCAGACCAAACUGAAGAUGUGUUCAGUUAAACUCAUCGACUGCACGAACCUCAUGAUGAAGAUUAAAACUGAACCCACAGAAAUCAAAACUGAACCCACAGAAAUCAAAACUGAACCCACAGAAAUCAAAACUGAACCCACAGAAAUCAAAACUGAACCCACAGAAAUCAAAACUGAACCCACAGAAGAGGAAGAUCGCACUGAGGAAGACGAUGAUUUUAUUCCAUCAGAUGUGAAGAGUGAUUCAUGUUUGGAUAUAGAAAUAACAUCCUCAACAUCAAAAGAGCAACUGACAGCACAAACUCUUUCCUGCAUCACCUGUGAAAAGACAUUCAGCUCACAGAGACAUUUAGAGAGACAUGAGAGAAAACACACAGAACAGAAACUCUUCACCAGAUCUGAGAUCAGCUUUACUACCUUACAAGAGAAGAAACUUCAUUCAGAAGACCACAGAGAGAAGAAGAAGAAGCAGUUUCACUGUGAGCAGUGUGGGAAGAUUUUUGUCUCUUCCCAUAAUCUAAAUGUUCACAUGAGGAUACAUCGUGAUGAAAAGCCUUUCAACUGCACUGAAUGUGGAAAUUACUUCAGAACCAAACAACAUCUUAAAGUUCAUCAGAGAGUUCACACUGGAGAAAAACCUUACGAGUGUCCUCACUGUGAGAAGAGAUUUAGCCGUAAACGUGGUCUGAAGAGACACGUGCGUUCACACACCAAUGAGAGACUCUAUCAGUGCCGUGAAUGUGACAAAACCUUUAGGGAUUCCGGCUCUUUAAAAAAACACCAGAAUACUCACAUUAAAGAGAAACUCCAUCAGUGUUCACACUGUGAUAAAUGUUACGGUCAUAAAUAUCAGCUGAUAGUCCAUGAGAGAGUUCAUACUGGAGAAAAACCUUAUCACUGUAGUGUCUGUGGGAAGAGUUUUAGUCAAAAAACUACAUUACUAUGUCAUAAGAGAAUUCAUACAGGUGAAAAACCUUACAAAUGCUCUCAGUGUGACAUGACAUUUGCUUAUUCAGGUCACUUUAAAGUCCAUCAGAGACUUCAUACUGGAGAGAAACCUUACGUCUGCUCUCACUGUGGAAAGAGCUUCUCUAGUUCAUCUAAAUUAAGAGUUCAUCAAAGAGUUCAUACUGGAGAGAAACCUUAUCACUGUAAUGUUUGUGGGAAGAGUUUUAGUCAUCAAACUACAUUACUAUGUCACAAGAGACUUCAUACAGGUGAAAAACCUUUUAAAUGCUCUCAGUGUGACAUGACAUAUGCUUAUUCAGGUCACUUCAAAGUCCAUCAGAGAGUUCACACUGGAGAGAAACCUUACAUCUGCUCUCACUGUGGAAAGAGAUUCUCUAGUUCAUCUCAAUUCAUAGUUCAUCAGAGAGUUCAUACUGGAGAGAAACCUCAUCACUGUAAUGUUUGUGGGAAGAGUUUUAGUCAAAAAACUACAUUACUAAAGCACAAGACAAUACAUACAGGUGAAAGACCUUACAAAUGCCCUCAGUGUGACAUGACGUUUGCUCAGUCAAAUUCCUUAAAAUCCCAUGAGAGAAUUCAUACUGGAGAGAAACCUUAUCACUGUAGUGUCUGUGGUAAGAGUUUUAGUCAAGGGUCUUCAUUACUAAAGCACACGAGAGUUCAUACAGGUGAAAAACCUUUCAAAUGCUCUCAGUGUGACAAGAUGUUUACUUGUUCAAGUAACUUAAAAAAACAUGAAAGAGUUCAUACUGGAGAGAAACCUUAUCACUGUAGUGUCUGUGGUAAGAGUUUUAGUGUAAAGGCUACAUUACUAAAUCACAAGAGAAUUCAUGAAAAACCUUAUAAAUGCUCUCAGUGUGGCAUGACCUUUGCUCAGUCAGAUUACUUAAAAUCCCACCAGGGAGUACAUUCUGGAAUGAAAAGUUAUUACUGUAGUGUUUGUGGGAGGAGUUUUAGUCAAGGGUCUUCAUUACUAAAGCACAAGAGAAUUCAUACAGGUGAAAAACCUUUCAAAUGCUCUCAGUGCGACAAGAUGUUUACUUGUUCAAGUAACUUAAGAUACCAUCAGAGAGUUCAUACUGGAGAGAAACCUUAUCACUGUAGUGUCUGUGGGAAGAGUUUUAGUCAAGGGUCUUCAUUACUAAAGCACAAGAGAAUUCAUACAGGUGAAAAACCUUUCAAAUGCUCUCAGUGUGACAAGACGUUUGCUCAGUCAAGUCACUUACAAGCCCAUCAGAGAGUUCAUAUUAGUGAGAAACUGUAAAGCUGAAGGUAUACUAGGGGGGGUCUGUAUGACGUCAUUUUUGUCAUCAGGAGAAAAUGACCGUACGCGUUCAACAGCGCAUGUGUGAGAACAUAUUGAGACAGAACACCCCACUACAAACAAUUAGGGCGCACUCACACUAUCCAAACUAAACCGUGCUCGGGCACGUUUGACCCCCAAAGCCUGGUUUGUUUGACUAGUGUGAUUGUUCUGUUCUGCGGAUUGGUUAAUGGCGUCGCGGCUGGGUUGCAGAGGUGGGCGGACUCGGAUCGAUAAAAGUACAGUGUGAGUGCGUGCACCUGGGGGAGUAUGCAGGGUUGACAAUCGCGCUGGGGCAUGGUUUGGUUUGGUUUGGAUAAUGUGAGUGCACCCUUACACAAAGGCAAUAGAAAGCAUUUGCACACACACACUAUUGUUUUUUCUUUUGAUUUUCACUUAUUUCAAGAACAGAAAGCUGUGGAGCAUUUUCGUCACCCUAAUGUUUGACUCCUGGUCUUUGUUUUCUUCUUGUUUCUUCUAAACUUUGUUUGCCAUGGUGGAUCAUCUACUGUUCUUCACCUAUCCUGCAUUUUUUCCGUUGCAUAGUAUCUCACGGUUUGGUGUCAGCUUCAGACCUGCCAACCUUUACGCAUUUUGCGUAACAGAUACGCAUUUAGACACCAAACUACGCUGCUACGAUUUGUCACUUCAAAAUACACGAAAAGCCUUUGAUUUAAACUGUAUGUGCAUUUGCGCACUAGGCAACUCGUCUAUGAGUGUCUAUGAGUCUACCGCAUUGGGCAGCAACCUGUUGGGGAAAGACGACGUCGACCAAUCAUAGCGCUAGUUUUAAACUCUUCAAAGCGGAGAGCGGGGAGCCGUCGCGACUCGCAACGAAUAACGAAAAUAACGAAAUUGUUCUUCAUCUCGGUCCAUCUUCAUACUGGGACUUGUUUUACAAGGGAGGAUGGUUCUAAACACCGUUUUUAAAGGUAAAUGGGCAGGGUAUGGGAAUUGUGAAUUGCAUCCAUUGUAAUAAGCCUGCCAACCAGGGGCGUCUAGACCCCUUUUACUGUUGCACGUGCCCUAGUGUAAAUCUGUUGUACCCAGUGUCCUAUGUUGUGCCUCAAGUUUAAGUUUUUAGUUUAUUUGCCAGUAUAUUCAUUGUUAAUCGCGGCAAAACUGAGCUAUAUGAACCGUAAUUCACGGUUGUAAACGUGUUGCCGUCCCACAAGACAAACUGACCAAAACAAAAAAAUAAUAUCAAUCUUAUUCUUACUCGAUUGUUACUGGCUCCUGUCAACGUACAUCCGAUUUUUGUGCAGAGCAGGGAAAUAGAAGCAGGAAGCAUAUGAUGAGGGAGGUCAAACGAACUACAUGCUCAGCCAGUCAAAACCAAGUAUAGAG